GAUAUUCAUGUCUCUUCUCAACAUAGGUGGAGAGAUGGCAUCUGGAAGUAAUAUUGAAAAAGAACCACUAAGGCAAAAGUGGGAAUCAGAAAAAGGGAAUGGAUUUGAUUGCAACAUUUGCCUUGACUCAGCAAAUGAACCAGUAAUCACCCUUUGUGGACAUCUAUAUUGUUGGCCUUGCAUUUACAAGUGGCUACAUGUCCAAACCUCAUCACCUGACCUAAUUGAACUGCCCAAAUGCCCAGUCUGUAAAUCAGACAUCUCUGAAUCAUCGUUAGUCCCAUUAUAUGGGCGUGGCACUUCUUCCCCCAAUUUCGACAGAAAAAGAUCUCAAGCAGACCAGAUCAUACCUCGCCGGCCACAGGCAAUUGGUACCCACAGCCUAAUAACCCCUGCCCCAGUACCAAAUCAUGAGGCAGAUACUUCCAACACUUUUCAAUCUCGACAUCAGCAGUUACAUCAUCACCAAGAAUACUUACCCCAUGCAUACAGUCAGUUAGCAUCUUCUGAUUUUGGGCCACCAGCAAUGGCUAGCUUCUUCAGCCCGACAGUUGGGAUGUUCAGAGAGAUGGUGUUAACUAGAAUAUUUGGGGGCUUAGAUCAUGUGAGUAUGUUAGCCUACCAUCACCCUAAUUCUGUUGUUUUGGGCACACCAAGUCCGAGAAUGAGGAGACAUGAAAUGCAGCUAGAUAAGUCUCUUAACAGGGUAUCCAUCUUUCUAUUCUGCUGCUUUAUCUUGUGUCUUCUCCUGUUUUGAAAGAUUCAUAUUUAUCUCAUUUGAUAUAAGGGGUGGAUUUAGUUCUAUAAAUAUUUUUUGUGUAUAGUACAUUGUGUUACAUUGUGUAUUCAUGCAUGUGAGGAACAUACUUGAAAAACAUAUCCAAUAAAGUUGCCAAUGGAUUGCUGUU